AUGGAUGCUGCGAAGCCUCGGUGGAAUUGGCCGUCUGACCUCCCACCGGGCAACAGCCCUUCUGCAGCCGACGUACCCGGGAAGUCAGAGCCUGCCAAGCCUGUUGAUCAGGACCAAGGGCACAGAGACAAUCCCCGGGAGCAAUCUCAGUCUCAGCCCAAGCAAAGAUUCUACGGACCACGAACAUGUCGGAUCUGCUUCGAGUCGGUUCAUCCCACUUUUCAAGAGCCAAAUGUCAUGAGUGGCUUCAUGAAUUCACGUCCACGACCGGUCUAUAAAUCCGACGAUCCCGAUUCCGGGCGGCUCAUAUCACCAUGCAAGUGCAAGGGGUCACAACGCUACGUCCAUGAGGGGUGCUUGCAAUCAUGGAGAUACGCCGAUUCGACAGCCACACGGCACUUCUUCGCAUGUCCCACUUGCAGCUACCAGUACAAACUAGAGCGAUUGUCUUGGGCGAAUCGUCUGCAGGGGACUUUUGCACAAAUACUACUAACCAUCCUCAUCUUCGUCGUUUCGGUAUUCAUCCUGGGUUUCAUUGCGGAUCCGAUUUUGAACCUCUGGACUGAUCCCAUGGGCGCAAUCGCCGACAUGGCUGCGAAUGUUCUCGACGACAUCGAAGCAAUACACGAGCCUGUAUCCGAAAUGGGCGAGGAGCCUGCAACAUGGCUGGAACACUUCCUCAAAGGUUUCUUUUCCCUCGGACUACUUGGGUUUGUCAAGUCUCUCUUCGCCAUGACGCCCUGGCAAUGGUGGAAUUUGAGGUCCAGUGGUAUCCUUGGUACUUCUGGACGUCGAGGAGGGACUGGUCGCGCGCGUGUUGAGAAUAUCAACUUGGGUCUUGUCGUCAUAGGCGCCGCGACGUUUCUGUGGGGAGUCUGGAAGGGCGUGAGAAAGUUCAGUGCUUCAGCUCUGCAACGUGCGAGCGACAGAGUCUUCGAUGUCGGUGGUGACGAUGAUGAGGACGAAGAUAUCAAGGAAGACUAA